UAAGGGAACUCGUCUAGCUACUAGAAGCAGGUCAAGAACUUAUAUCUAUUCUAUAUCUGGUCAAGAGUACGAAAUACAGAAGAAGAAGGAGAAGAAGAAUAAUAAUAACAUUCUCUCUACCUGACAAGCCAAGCCCAGCCGAGCCUAACAGAUAGCUGCGAUGGGCCGCCCUCCAGCUUAUAUAUUCAUAAUUAGGCAUGGGAAACGCCUCGACGCCGCCGAGAAGCAAUGGCACCUAUCCUCCCCAACCCCCUAUGACCCGCCCCUAACAUACGGAGGAUGGUUACAAUCUAAGACUGUAGGAGCAAGGAUCGCAUCUAUUUUGCAAGAGAGGGACGCAGAAGACGAGGCUAUCGCUGCCAACCAUAAAACCGACAACACGGUUGCCAAACCCAAGAAGCGCCGCUACAAGAUCGUAAUACAUAGCUCGCCUUUUCUUCGAUGUGUCCAAACAUCCAUUGCUAUAGCUGCUGGCCUCGCCUCUAAUCCAUAUUUACCCACUCCUACAGAAAGGUCUCCCUCUCCGCGAAGUUCACAUGUGUCUCCCUUAAGUUCGCCCCCGGUACGGUCCCAUACGGCUACCCCACCACCUGCGAACUUGUCCCACGAUCCAUCAAAGGCCAGUCGAGCAGAGAGGUCUGUUUUACGACUUGAUGCUUUCCUCGGAGAAUGGUUAUCCCCUGACUAUUUUGAGCACAUUACGCCGCCGCCUAGGUCAAGUCUUAUGCUAGCAACAGCAAAAGCUGAGUUGUUGCGCCCCGAGAACCAUAACGAAUACUCUCACUUUCACACUCGCCAUACACCAAGUUCUUCAUCGCAAUUGUGGAAUGCUUCUAGUCGUGGGAGCCACUUAGCUUCCUCUACCACCCCCGAAUCCGAUACCACCUCCAGUCUCGAUAACCUGUCCUCUUUGAAAGGCAGUUUGCCGAGACACAGAAGUGACUCGACCGGACACGUCGACCCGAGGAUAGCAUACAAGGUAUCUUCGUCCGACCCUACGUUGAACCCGGGAUAUAUCAGCCCAACUCCUUCUUAUGCUCUUUCAACUUCCGAGCCCAUUCCACGGGGUUAUGUGGCGCAUGCUCGCGAUGCUUGUGUCGACGUCGACUACCAGUGGGACUCUAGUAGAGACAACAUUGGCUGGGGAAAUGGAGGUACACUGCCUGAAGAGUGGGCGGAAAUGCACCAGAGGUUCAGGAAGGGCCUGAAGCGAUUAGUCGAAUGGUACAGCACAACGAAGAAUCCCGCCGAAAUGGUGACUAAAACUUCGGGCCCGAGAUCCCCUAAGUUUUCGCAAAAGGGGAGCAACACCAACGGUCGAUCUACUGAAGAUGGUGAUGAUGUUGAAGUAGAAAAUGUCGUCAUUCUUGUUUCGCAUGGCGCCGGUUGCAAUGCUCUCAUAGGUGCCAUCACGCAGCAGCCAGUUCUUAUCGACGUUGGAAUGUCAUCUAUCACAGUGGCGCAACGGAAACCAGAUUUUGACGACGAUGUCGGUACUCGUAUUUACGGAGAGCCUGCUUCUUCGCUCGAAGAGCCUCUAUUAGCCAAGCAGGCUUCAUUGCCCGAUAUGUUUGAAUUGAGAUUGUUCGCCAACACAGAACAUCUUUCAUCAAUCACUCCGCCCGGUAUCAGUCGUUCUCUUUCAGCUGCAAGCCAGAAUGGGCGUGGUCGAAAUGCCAACGGGUUCCCUUCUGCACUAAAAGAAGUCAGCCUUAGCACCUCAUUGUAUGGAAGCCAGGCACCUCUAAGCCGUAGUAACUCGGUAAAUGCCUCGCUCGGUAGCAUGCGAAGGGGGUCGCCAGUACCAGCGACAUCAGUUCGACAACAUUUGCCCAAUACGACGGGCGCCGGAGGCAUAAACGUUGGUAAUAACAUCUCCAGCGUCUCUUCUACCCGACAAGAUCCCAUAGCUUCAGUGGGGUUAUGGGAACCAUCAAACCAGGGCGAUGCUUUAUCAGAGAAACAAGCGGAGACGCCACCCGUACCGAAUAUUGACCACCAGGCCGAAGCGACAAAGAAAAAUGAGGACGCUCCCACGGGAAUACAAGAGGCUGACUCCCAACCCGAUGGCGCCGGACUUCCAACUUCAAUGAAGAAGACCGUCUCAAAAACGGAAUCCGAAUCCUCGCAUGGUGAAAGGCAUGACCAAUUCGAUGAAGAUCUUGCACCGCGCCUCUGGGCCGGAGCCAGCACCAGCGGCCUAUGGGGGGCGCCUCGACCUCCGGGAGAGGCCGAAACAAUUCGGGAUUUCACUUCAACGAAGCGAAGGUGGUCCGUCAACGAGCAGUAAAAAUUAUAUCAUAACAGCAGCCAGAGUGACCAAAUCACAAGUUAUCUGGCCCACUCCACUCACCAAAUCAACGUGCUUUGCUGUACGCUACCUUUGUUAUCGAGGGGAGUUUAUACUAAUGCGGUUGUCGACAUUAGCAUUAGCAUAUUCUGGGAAGUUCUUAUUUUCGGGGUGUCGAGGCAGAAGAGACGCGGAAUAGAUAAUCUCUAAUCCUAAUCCCCCUUAUACCUAGCGAGCCUCUCUAUUUCUCUUGCUCCCAUUUUGCUGUUUUUGAAGAAGAUACCUCUUGACAAAUCGAUUUUGGCAUGACCUAGGGAAUAAUCAGGGGAUUGAAGGGACCAAGUUUGAAUUGCAGUGGUAGUCUAUAGGCUAGAUUAGGUGUUUACUAGCCAUUAGUCGUCAAUGAAUGAAUGGAUGGAUGCCA